AUGAGAAAGAUUAGAUGUUUGAAUAAUGAUGUUUUCUUCGACGUGCUAUCCCUAUUGCCUGCAAAGACUUUGUUUCAAUUGAAAUGUGUUUCCAAAGGUUGGCACAACUUAAUAUCUGAUCGGUGUUUUAUCCACUCUCAGUUACAAAGGACAAAACUCUCUAUCUCAGGUUUCAUCUUCCAAGAGAAGUUCCAAUGGUACAAUGAAGAUAUCAAAAAUGUCAGCUACAUCCCUGUUGACAAAGAAGACUUUCAAUUGAAACAGAAUAUCUUUGAUUUUCUUCCUGAGGAUGUUGUAGCGUUGGCAUCAAGCGAAGGUCUCGUCUGUUGCAGGAGUUGUUUCCCUACUCAAGACCCAGCCAUCUACAUUUGCAAUCCAUUGAACAAGGAAAUGACCAAGGUGAGAUGGGCUGCACUUGGAAAAGACAGCAACAUAUCUUUGGCAUUUGAUCCAUCUCAGGAUUCUAUAGACAUUUCUACAAAAUUCAAGCUGGUGACAGUUGAGCCAUUUGAGAUUGCAGAGGAUGAAAUGUACUAUACAUUCGAAAUAUACUCCUCAAGAACAGGAGAAUGGUGGAAAUCAAGUGAGAUUUGUCAAUGCAAUGACAACAUAUUAAACAGCAAGAGUAUUUAUAUCAAAGGGAUAUCACACUGGCUGACAGAUGGUGACAAAAUUCUCACAUUUGAUUUAGAUAAAGAGCUAUCUUGGUUGAUUUCUGUACCCGUUCCUGCUUCUGAGUUCAAGAGCCUUCCUCAGGCUUGUAUUGGUGAAUGUGGAGGUCAACUUAACUAUGUUAUGAUCUCUGAAGAAGGGCUUCAUCUGUGGUGUCUCGAGGACUAUUUCGAGUCUGAAUGGACGCUUAAGCAUUGGAAAUCGCUGGACAUGAUGGAAAAAGAGUAUCCAAACUUCUUUUGCAACUUACAUGAGAGAGUGAUGCAAGAUGUGAGAGAUUAUGACAGUCCAUGGAUGAAUCCUUUGGCCUUCAUUGAAGGGCUUCUACUGAUGAGAGUUUCUAACAAGAUCUACUUGUAUCGCUUUGAGAGUGGUAAAAUGGAAGAGGUUUGUGAUGCUGCUAAGUUGGGUUUGAGUGCCAUCUUUUAUCCUACAGUGCUUCCUUAUUCCAUGAGCUUGGUUCAACUAAGUAAGUGA